AUGCCGGCUGUCUUCUGGGCGCAACGGCACUCCAGGCCUCUUCAGAACUUGCUCUUGAGUCAGUGGGGAGGAGGAUCAGAAGGUCUGGACAGGGGGUUGGUCCUAACGGACCCCGUCAGACAAUCGUUGCUUUGGUGGACAGACCGUCGGAACCUUGGGGGAGGCAGGUUGUGGAGUCAGCCAGGACCUCUCAGGGUCACCACGGACACCAGCGCGUGGGGGUGGGGAGCCCACCUUCAGGAUCUCAUGUGCCAAGGGGCGUGGGAUCAUGUCUGGCGGCACGGGUCUUCAAACAUGAGGCACUUGAUUCCAAAGGUUAUUCGGAAGCUAGAGAGGGAAGAGACUGCAUUAGUGUUGGUCACCCCAUUCUGGCAGAAGAGACCUUGGUUCACGGCACUGCUGGAUUUGAGCAGGGACACCCCUUUGCCUCUUCCUUUUGAAGGAGGAUCUUUUGAUGCAGGGUGUGGUGCGUCACCUACAGGUACAAGCACUGCGUCUAACGGCCUGGUUACUGAGAGGGACAUCUUGGCGGACUGGAAAUCCAAAUAUCUGGCAUCUGUGAAAGAGGUCUUCCGAGGUAUUGAAGAACAUGCCUCCGGUCCGGGGAAGAUUGGAGGUCUUGAGCAAAGAUAUCCCAGGCUCCGCUGCCUCCAGGUUACUCGGGAGGAAGGAAGUACAAUACCUUAUUCUGGCACUUUACUUGAACAGGCCGAGGUGACCAAGUCCUUAGACCAAUAUUCCCCGUCCAAUGUCCAGGACCUGUUUGUUCCUGACGGCAGCGGUUUUGUUCCUAAGACUCUGGUGUUGGUGGGGCCUCAUGGAAUCGGUAAAACGAUGACAUCACAGAAGAUCAUGUUGGAUUGGGCCUCUGGAAGCCUAUACGCAGACACAUUUAAUUUUGUGUUUUAUUUAAGUGGCAAAGAAAUUAAUAAGAUUGAAGGAAAUGUCAAUAUCGCUGGACUGGUGGCCCAAAGCUCCAAGAUACAGUGCUCAGAAGGCUUGAUCAAGUCGGCUUUCACUGAUCCUUCCAAAGUUCUUCUGGUUUUUGAUGGGUUUGAUGAGUUGAGGUGGACCCUGGAAGAUAACUAUGAGGAAUAUGUGGGUCUCCUGAAAAAGGUCACCAAAGAAACUUUCCUGAGAUGCUUAUUUAGCAAAGAUAUCCUUGAUGGAACUUCCAUGAUCAUCACAACCAGAUCCAUGUGCCUACGGAAGAUGAAGGACUUUGCUCAGUCCCCUUGUUCUAUUGAACUUCUGGGCUUUUCAGACCGAGAUCUCCAACAAUAUUUCCAUCGUUUCUUUGAGAACAAAGAUGAGGCAGACCAGGCUGGUUCUGUGAUGAAGGAAAAUGAAGUUCUGAUGGGUUUGUGUUCGGUCCCUUUGACCUGUUGGCUUGUCUGUACUAUACUGAAGGCAGGAAUGAAGAGCGACCUUAGCUCAGCAAACUGUAAAACGCUCACCUCGGUUUAUCUGCUUUAUCUGGAGAGCUUGCUAAUGAAUGAAGGGAACAAGCAGCCGGUACUGGAGUGUCUGAAGAAACUAUGUGCCUUGGCCAACGAAGGCGUCUUGGAUCAGAAAAGCUUGUUUGAUGUGGAAGAUCUUGGAAGGCAUGGACUGACUCCAUCAGAGGUAGCUUCUGUGUUCCCAAAUGACGGCAUUCUCCACAAGGAUGCUAAAGACUCCACCCACUACAGUUUCCUUCACCUGAGCGUUCAGGAGUUCUUUGCUGCUUUGUAUUAUGUGUUGGGCCAGGACGCCGAGGUUAAAGAGAUGAACGGGGCAAGUGGAGAUACUUUCCUCCCAAAAGUCUGCAAGGAAACAUCUCUGUGGCUUCAGUCUGAACUUCACCCACACCUGAGCUCAACUGUCCGGUUCCUCUUUGGUCUCCUAAAUGAGAAGCGGUUACAGAAGUUUGCUUGUGGCGUCGGGUCUAAGGCGUCUGUACGAGCUAAACCUGCCAUGGAAAAAUGGCUGACGGCCGGGAAACCCUCCAGAUUCUGCAUUGACGCGCUAGCUUGUGUCUAUGAAGCUCAGGAUGAGGAGCUGCGCAGAGGAGCGUUCAAUGGCCAAGAUUUGGUCUUCCAGUUGUGUUCCUUCUAUUCAGCCAUGGUGAAUGUAUGUACCAGAGAGAUGCUGUACUGUCUUGCAGGCCGGGAGAGCUUUGGCUCCAUCACCCUAGAAGAUCACCUGAUACGACCCAAAGAUUUCGAGUUGCUGUCUCCUCUCUUCCAUAGAUCUUCAAAGCUUUCCUUUGUACGGUGCGGCUUUGCUGAGGACACCGAGACUGGUGGGAAGGCCUCCUGGCUGUCCAACCCAGGCAGCAAAAUCCAAGAUCUAGAGUUUCAUGUCUGUGUGAGCAGUAGAUUUGUCUGCAGGCUGAACGACUGCAACUUGACUGCCGCAAGCUGUGAGCACCUUGGCUCUGCUCUUAAAGCAAACCGAUCCCUACACAAGUUGGAUCUGGUACUGAAUGAACUUAAGGAUGAGGGAGUGAAGUUUCUAUGUGAGGGGCUGAAGGAUCCCGGCUGUACUCUGCAGGAGCUGAGGAUUGAAUUCUCAGAGCUUUCUCCGGCCUGUUGUGACUACCUCCACUCUCUUCUGAUGACCAAUCGAACUCUCACCACCCUGUACUUGAGAGAAUGCAACAUCCAGGACACAGGGGCCAAGCGGCUGUGUCAGGCCCUCUGUAAGCCAGGCUGCACUCUGGAGAAGCUCGGGUUGUUUGAGAAUAACAUAACCGGCUCGUCCUGUGAAGAUUUCCGAUUGGUUCUUCUUAAAAACCGGACUUUAACCACCCUGCAUUUGACUUACAACAAACUACAGGACUCUGGAUCCUGCAGAUGGGGCCCUAUGAUUGGUGCUGAGCCUGGGAGUCCAUUGGGUUUUAUAUUGAUGUCUCUUGUUUACAGAUUGACUCAGUGCGAGCUGACCCCGGCCUCCUGCGAGGAUCUCCGCUCAGUCUUGGUCACAAACCGAUCUUUGACCAAACUGAAACUUACCUGGAAUAAACUCGGGGAUUCUGGAGUCAAAGUUCUGUGUGAAGGACUACGAGACCCGCACUGUACCCUGCAAGAGCUGGACCUCUCCUGCAGCCUGUCGGGUUGUGACCUGACCUCCUCCUCCCUCGAAGAGUUGACCUCCGUGAUCAAUAAGAACCGAUCUCUGACCAGACUGGAUCUGUCGGGAAAUAAGUAUGAGGACGUGGGAGUGAAGAGACUAUGCGAGGCCCUCCGAGAUCCGGGCUGUACACUGGAGGAGUUCAGAGUGGGGUAUUGUGAGAUGACGGCUUCCUGCGCUGAGGAGUUCCUGGCCGUCAUUAAUACAAACAAGUCUCUGAAGGAGCUGGACGUAUCGUUUGCCUACGAGGAGGAAGAACCCUUUGCAGAUCUGGACUUUAUGUUCCACAGAUUCGAGCACCCGGCCUGCACUCUGGAGAAAAAUAAUACCCAGGAUGGAAUGUUCAUCUACUUCAAAUACAGGAAACCAGAGUGAUGACUGCGACGUCCCUGAGGGUCCAGACCCCUCCCAUUGAAGGUA